AUGGAAGCACAUCUUUUCCAAGAGAUUCAUGAUACUAUUGAGGUAGAUUCUAGGCUUAUAUUAGUGUUAAUCUGAUUGAAAUGAUGUUUGUAAUGCUUUAUUUCAGGAACAUCAGAACUCGCUGACUUUGACUGUUCAACAUGGAUCUCCGAUUCAGAAGGUGGUGUGGUCGGGUUUUAAUUACAUGGUUGGACCUGAAUUGAAAUUUGUGUGGAAGGUAGAAUCCGUUGAGCCUUAUCACUUUAAUAUCCCUGACGAGACUUCGAGCGAUGGUAACUUCCCUUCAAUUUCAUCCGAUGUAAAAGUGAGUCAUUCGUUAAUUCAUUUAUGUGUUUAGAGUACACAAGGAAGUGGACUUCUGUAUGAUGAUUGUAUGACGUAUAUGAAUGAGAGUAAAGAUUACUCUAGUUAUUCUGAUGACUUUGAAACUGAAAAUAAGGUAAAAACCUCGUACGAAGCUUUUAUUUAAAAAUAUAAUUUUGUUUAUAAUACUCCCAAUACUAAACUUUAUUUUUGUAGUUUCAAAAGUCUUCUGAAUCUCAAGCUGGUACGUCAACAUUGUGUUCGUCUUCUCAUCCUCACUCGAAUUCAACUUUGAGGUUAAACAACACUGAUGCGGCUGGAGAUGCUCCUAUUGAAGACGAAGGAGAAUACCGGGAGCGAGAUUACGAAUCGGAAGAUGACAAUUCAUCGUACACAAAGCUGUCAGACAAAGAGGAAGAUGCGGAAAAACAGACGGACAACAAGUUGACAACAUCUAUUGUGGAUUCGGGGAUUACAGGGACCGUAUCGGUACAUAGUGAACUUAGCACAACAUGUAAAUCUCCUCGAUUGAACUUGGAAGGUCAGUCUAUAGCUAAUUUAUCAUCUUCUUCAUCAGAAAAGAGUGAUUAUGGAUAUUGUGAUGAGAAAAGGGAUGAAGAUAAGCAGUUAUCAGACAGCGAACAAGAUACUGUAGUUAAUUGUUUGGACAGUAAAACGACAGCUAGCUUUUUAACAGUUUCCAACGUUUUGACAGAUUUGUCAUUAGUGGGAGACCAGAUUGACAAGGAUAUAAAGGAAGGCGAGCUACUACAACAAGAGAGUAAGACCUUCAAGCAGGUGGAAGGAGAUGAUUGUAAUGUCACUGAUGAGAUGUUUGUAGCUAAAUACGCAUUGGCUGAACAGAUUUCUAGGUAGGUUUAUAAAAGUAUAAGCAUACUAUAAGUUUAAAUGACUAAUUUGACAGUAUUUUAAUUUAUGUGUUUGUAGCCCGUGCUUUGAGUCUAAUCCAAUGGUUUGCAAGGUAGCUGUCAUACCGAACCGACAGAUAUUGAUAAUGAGUUUCUUGUACAAUCUUCCUCAGCACGACAAGGAGAUGAUGGCUUUAUCUUUAAUACUCCCUGAAGAAGCGUGAGUUUUUUCAUGAUUUGUUGUUUUGAUAUAAAGGUUAAUCGUUAUUUACUAUUUAUAAUAGAAAAGGUCUUUAAGGUUUACGAUAUGUUAUUUGUUAGUAAACCUAUGUUAUCGUAUUAUAAAUAAGAGUAAUUUUAGGAAGGACUGGUUAGGAGUGCGAGAGACUGUAUUCGAACACAUAUUUCAAGAUAUUUUAUGUCGCUUUAAAGCUUCGUACAUGGUAGAAGACAAGGCCGAUGUGAUAUGUAGGAUAACUGGAGAUAUAUAUAAUAUGUUGUCGCUGUUUGGCAAUCUAGAGAGAUAUCCUUUAUUAAACAACAGUUAUGUAAAUGUAAGUCGACAUUUAUUCUUGUAUUACUAUAAGUUUUAACACAGUUAAACUAAACCAAUGAUUUUAGAUACGAAACACGAUAUUUAUGAAGUCAGAUAUAACAUUAAAGGAGAAGGAUUUCUUGUACCGGUCGUUAACUGGAUGCCUGACGUGUCAAGGAAAUUGUGUUGUGAUAGGAGUUGAUCCCGAGUAUGUAGAACAAGUAAGUUUAUAAUGGUGUUUGGUUGGUAGUAGGCACGUGAUUACUUGGAUUUCGAAAAUAAUUUGAAAAUUUCAGUUUAUGUUGAUGUUGGCGUUCUUCCUCCCUCCAGAGCAUCGUAUUUUGUGUUUGAAGCCUCACGUCUCUAAUUACAAUCCUUACCUCAAGAUACAAGCAGUGAAGCGAGAUCUCAUCGAGGAUCUCUACGUGUCUUCAGUAGAAUCACACUGGUCUACAUGUUUCAUUGACAUAGACAGACAUCUCGUAACCUACUCUGGUAACUAUUUCGUGCAUCACGAAAGGAAACAAAGGUUGGCCAUGUAUCAGAUGGGAUCCAUAUUCAUGGAGGCAGGUCAGAAUUUGGAGUCGGACGAGGAAGUCUUCACCAAAAAACAGCCUUUGGUGUAAGUUAAAAUACAAUUUUAUAUUAUUUGACUUUGUCUUUACAAAAUACUCUUCUACUUUGUUUCAGUGAGCCGUUGUUAGUUCCUCCAGACGCUUUCUUGAUCUCUCACUUGGAGGCCCUCUGGCUGUUACCUCCAGAGCAAUCAGUUCGAUCAGUCGCUUUGAAUCAGAUAUUGUUAACGCUAGAUUACCAAGGUAAAGCCUUCAUCGAAACGGUCAAAGACAUCAGUGAACCUUCGAAAACCUUUAAGGAGAACGCCGUAUCGUGCCGAUGGAGUCUGAGCACGGUGCGGAAGAUGAUGAACCUCACAAGCGACUCCUCCUUUAAUAUCUGUCUGUCUCGCGCCGACAUGCUCAAGCCCAGUCUGGCCCAGUUUAUCUACCAGUGCACCAAUCACUUCCGGUAA